AGAAAUGCUCAUAGACUACAAGCUGUGCAGUGGGCCUGUUGAAUAGGAUCAGUGUUUGUCUGAUGAUGUGAGUCGAUACGACAGCCUCAGAGGAGCUCAGGAAAUUGAGUUGAUGAUCAUAGAGGGGAAACCUGACCGUGAAAUGACGGAUGACCUGAGAUGACUAACUAUGUGUGAAUAUCUAGUUCUUAUCCUAUGACUGGAAUCCUAUGCAAAUGAUUUGAUAUCCACAGGAUCAUUGGAGUCCCACCUGUUCCUAAGACCACACUGCAUUAAAGUCCUGCGUUCUAAUUUAAGCAAGACAGAGCCUUUGAGUGUACCACAUGUUCUGAUACUUGUAUGCUAGGAAACUCUGUUCUGUGAAGGUAGACUGUAGUGGAAAGUUUUAACUUUGCUCGAAAAAAAUUUGAUCCUUAUUAGUUCUUCUGAUGAUACAAUUUGGAAUAUCAUUCUUAAGGUGAACAACAAUAUUGGAAUAGGCUAUCCUGAUGAUUUGAAGGUGUUCACUCUCUGUUUCUUUUGUUUGAUUUUUACCACACCAUGCCCCUCACCCGCUCUCCCGUUCUGCCAGUUGGUCUUACCAAGGAUGUUAGUAGAUACGCAAUGGAUCAGUUACAGAAGCCUGCACCAUUGAGUCCUGAGGAUACACCAAAGACCACGCCUUCGUCCCCUUCAUUGUCUUCCAAACCCCAUGGUGCUGGCAGGGAGGGGGAUAUCAAACCCCCCAUUCCUCCUGCAAGGGCCCCCAAGGCCACACCCGCUGUUGCCAAGCUGCCUGAGUUGCCCGCUGUGAUCGUGGACCCAGAGACUGGUGAUAGGUACCGAAGAGGCAGGCUACUGGGCAAGGGUGGUUUUGCCCGUUGCUAUGAGCUGACUCAUCAAGACACCCACUAUGUCUAUGCAGGCAAGAUCGUACCCAAGGAGAGGAUAUCAAAACCAUCACAAAGAGAAAAGAUGGAGAGAGAGAUAGCGGUCCAUGCACAGCUAAGACAUCCAAAUAUUGUGGGCUUCCAUAAACAUUUUCAAGAUAGUGAAAACAUAUAUAUCCUACUUGAACUAUGCAGACAUAAAUCUCUCCUUCACAUGCUGAAGUUGAGGAAGCACCUGACGGAGCCAGAGGUGCGUUAUUUUAUGCUUCAGAUCAUAGAGGGCGUUCGUUAUCUCCACAGUCACUGUGUCAUCCAUAGAGAUCUCAAACUUGGCAACAUGUUCCUCACAGAUACCAUGGGCGUCAAGAUAGGCGACUUUGGCUUAGCUGCAAAACUGGAAUUCGAGGGAGAUAGGAAAAGAACGAUGUGUGGCACACCAAACUACAUAGCCCCUGAAGUGCUGGGUAAAAUAGGGCACAGUUUUGAAGCAGAUGUUUGGGCAUUAGGUUGUAUAAUGUACACAAUGUUAGUCGGUAGACCUCCAUUUGAGACCAGCUCACUAAAGGAAACCUAUGCACGUAUCAAACACAACAAAUAUCAUUUCCCAGAAACCCUAUCCCCGGUUGCCAAGGAAAUUAUCUCGGACUUAUUAUCCUCAGAUCCGGAGGAAAGACCGCCUCUAGAGGUGGUUAUUGAUCAUGAAUUCUUCACACAGGGUUUCGUCCCGGAGACGUUGUCUCCGUCGGCGUGCGUAACGGCGCCGGACUUUCCAAUCACCAAGGUUCUUAUAAGCGAUCGCAAGGGAGAACUUGUCACAAAUGAAUUCUGUAGGUUAAAACGGGAAAGCACGCUCCAGAGGAGAGAUGUGACGGCUCCGCUGUCGGAUAUUAUUAAUAAUGAAAGUAGCCAGCCAGUAUCAGGAUCCAAUACACAAAACUCUAACAAGCCUACCAAUCAAGCAAAGCUCAGAACAAGGAUAGCAGGGACAAGACCUAUGACCCCGGUGACCUCCGCUAUCAAGACAGCCAUGGUCAAUGUUAUAGAGAAGAGAAGUGCAACUGUGACGAUGGUCAAAAGUGCAUCAACCUGUUCGAUGGACAAGGUCUAUGAGAUGCUUAAUACAUGCUUAGAACACAUGCCAAAAGAAGAUCACAGAACCACACCCAAAUAUAAACCUAACCCAAGUGAAGUCGUCUGGGUCAUUAAGUGGGUCGACUACUCCAACAAGUAUGGCUUCGGUUACCAGCUCUCCAAUAAGGUUGUAGGGGUCAUGUUCAAUGACAAAUCAAGAAUUAGCUUUACACCCGAUAGAAGUUCAGUGCAAUAUUUAUCAACGGACAGCAAGGUUCACUCAUUCCCACUCAGCUCCGUCCCCAGUAGACUGUCCAAGAAAGUCACCCUCCUAGAUUACUUUGCUACCUACAUGGAUGAACACCUCAUCAAGGGUCCUGCAGCUGACCUUGGUUACAGAGAUUCUUCACCCAUCACUAACACCCCUCAGGGCAUUGACUCGGACAAGAAAGACGGCAUUAGAUCGCCCUCACCUAAGAGGAAAGGUGUGGACAAACCAGGACCAAUUAACUCAGCUCAGCCUUAUCUUGAGAAGUGGAACAGAACAGGGAAAGCUAUCACAAUGUACCUCAGUAACGGUACAUUACAGGUCAACUUCUUUGAAGAUCAUACCAAGGUCAUCCUAAGUCACAACAACAAUGAUCAUCUAGUGACCUACAUCAAUGAAUCCAGAACCCCAACUACGUAUAGAGUAUUGCAUAUCACCCAUCACGGCUGUACCAAGGCACUCCACACACGACUCACCUAUGCAAGACACGUCCUCUACGGCAUGAUGGGUAAAGGCGAGGAAGAGAACACAAAGCUAUGACCCCUGAUGGGGGUUGGGAGUCAAAGGUCAUGACCCCUGUCGGAGAUUAUGUUAUGGCUUUCACAGAACAUUGAAAAUGAUGAAUGCAUUGCAAGAAUCAAUCGGAAUCUUCCUUUCAUCAGGUGUAGCAAAUCCUGAAUGCUGAUUGGCUGAAGAAUUCACAUGGGUGAAAAGAAAUAUUUGCAUAUACAGUUUGAUUUGGGUGUGUAUGUAUUUGUGUUGAUCCUGCAAUUUUUGUGUAGAAAUAAAGGUCAUAGCCUCUUUCCUCAUUGGCUUGUAUUUUGAAGCCCAAUUUAACCAAGCCACGGUCUAACUCUGAUCAAGUUAUAGGAAUCUGAAAGAAAAAUGUUUACAUUCAUACAUUGAAUGUGUCUUAUGUUUUCUGUGCAAUAGUGGAGAAGGCUAUCAGUCCCUUUACAACUGAAUGUUUUUUUUUUGGUUUCAACUGAGCUAAUACAAUGAUCCUGCCCUGUUAGAGAUUUGUGUCACAAUUGGGUAUCCAAAGUUAUACCACAAAUUUAGACCAAAUUUUUAAGUUUAAAUUUGAGUUCAGAGUACUGACCAUUGGGUUCAAACUACAUCCGAUUAUGUCUUUGUGUGUGAUAGGUGAAAUAUUAUGAUGAUGUAUAAUGAGACUCCACCAAAAAAUAUAACAUUUACAACAUCAUCAAAAUUACAACUCUUGUGUAUUGUGAUUGCUGCUCUUGUAACAAAACAAACAUCAUGAAAAUAUAAUUUCUUGAAUGUAUGAGAUUUAUUUUCAUUUUUACGAUGAAAAUAGCUUUAUGUCAAGAUAUUGACUUAUAAAAGGAAACCAUGGUUGAAGCUUACAUAAAAUAAGUUCCUUGCCACACAUAAAAGUAAAUUUAUUAGUCACGUUGAAUCCUUGAAAAAUAAAAACAAUUUUGUACGAAAAGUACAAACCUUAAUUUAUUAGUCACAUCAAUUUUGCCUGGUUAUUUUGUACUUAGUCUAGUACAAGAUUUUGAUUUUUGUUAGUAUGAAAGAAGGAAUCCACUUAUUGUAAUAAAGUAACAUGAUUUAACAGC